CCAUUGGACAGCAGGGGGGCGCGUGGCCGGAGGCUCCGCGCGCUUUGUUUUCUCGCUCCGCGCGCGGCUCCGCUACACACGCACGAUGGCACGCGGAUCUGUCAGCCGGGACAUAGCAGGGCUCCUCCUGUGCUUGGCGGUUUCUCACCUUUAUGCAAGCCAAAUUGUGGAUCGCAGGCUUUCGGAUAUUCUGAAUGAGUUAUGGAAGCUGGAUAAGAAUCGUCUGCGUCCUGGGACGGACUACAACAUCUCCCUGCAGGGAAAAGCUGGCUAUGUCGCUAGUGGCAGUAAUGUUGCCAGGGAUUAUGCCUCUGCUCCAUUGUUCUCCUAUGUUAAUGAAGAAAAGCUGAGAAGCAUCAAGACCUUCUCUAGCCUCAUGAACCUGUUGGACAACUAUGAGCCGUCCACUGGGGUGGCAGAGAAAGUCACAGCUGAGGAGAUUGCGGAGAAUAAUCGCUUCCUGAGUGCUAUCUUGGAGACAGAGGUUAUGAAGCGCGCUCACAGGUACUUGGUGGCCAAAGGACAGUCGCAGUCGAGUCUGAGGGACUUCAAGAACCAGCUGUACAACAUCUGGUUCCGCCUUUACCACAGAGACCGACGGGGAGGCGAGGACUCGUGCGGGUUCGAGCACGUGUUCGUUGGCGAGACCAAGUAUGGAAAGGAACUUGUAGGCCUGCACAACUGGGUCCAGUUCUACCUGCAGGAGAAACAGCACCAUGUGGACUACAAAGGCUAUAAAGCCAGGGACAAAGACAUGCCAGAGAAAGACGACCACAUCCUGAACCUGCAGUUCAGCUGGAAGGGCCUGGUGAAGCCUGUGGGCAGCGCCUUCGUCGGGGUCAGUCCUGAAUUUGAGGUGGCCGCGUUCACCAUCCUCUUCCUCACGUCCAAAGAAAAGGUGACCACUGCUGUUGUGAACCUGGACGAGUACCAGGUGGAGCUGGUGGUGUACCGGCACGGCCGCUCCAUUGGGACCGCUUACCCUAAACUUCUGAGCAGCAAUAACAGGCAUGUGUAGGGGACUUGCGGCUGGACCACAGCGCCUAACUGGGAUGGUAAAAGUAAACAGGCCAGUCCCAUCUGACACACUGCUCACCUGCUGGUUUAAAACGGUGAAAGACAUAGUCCAGCUAAUCCUGACUUUCUCACUUUCGUGGCCCUUUCACUUGUACAUGUCACAUUUUGUAGUUUUAUUCCAACUUGUAGGGAAUAAAUGUAACAUCAUGUAACAGGGUUUAUAAAAAUUUAAGUUGUUUGAGCUUAAAUGAUGGUGUCAUUUAACUGACUGUUUUUAUUAAAGAAUUCCGUGAAGGUACUAAUAUUUGAUGCAAAUAUGAUUAAUCAAAAUUCUUUGAAAAUUUCUCAGUAAAUUCAGCUUUUUAAGUUUUAAUAAGUGGGACAUAAUUAACUUUUUAAUGUUGUUUGCAAGUAAAUUCAGCCCUCAUUUAGUGGGGUGGCAUACAGGGAAAAGCUGCUUUAAUUGCUAAUUAAAAUAUAUACCCUUUUUCAUACAUCAGACUUAUUACUCAUUACAUUGCCAUUUUUGCCCAGUUGCCCAUUAUGUUAUUUCUGCAACGGGUAUUUUAUUCACUGCCUACUGUGUCACUAUGACACUGAUUCUUUCAUAAUCAAACCUACUAGUGUAUAAACUUCCUUGACAAUCUCAACCAGUCACAACUCUUGAUUAAAGUAACUAGAGUAUAAUAUCACUACUGAAAUAGCAGAUUCGGUACUAUUAUUCUUUUUUUUCCCCCAAGGUGACUUACAUUGUUGAGCUACUUCCAGUGAUUUACCCAU